AUGGCAAGCGAAGAUAAGGAGCUGGAUUUUUUGUUCGAGGACAGAAAGCGCAAGAGAAAUCCUCUCGUCCCCAUCGGCGCAUUCAUCACAGCGGGAGUUCUGACCGCUGGACUUAUAAGCUUCAGGCAAGGAAAUUCUCAGUUGGGUCAAAAGCUGAUGCGAGCUCGUGUGGUUGCACAAGGUGCAACUGUUGCAAUAAUGGUUGGGGGAGCUUGGUACUAUGGGCAGUAA